GCGACAGGAAGAUUUGCUGCGUGGUACUUGGCAAGCCAGUGGGGCGACUGGUAUCGAAGGCUCGAAGCAGCCUCGCGCUUCGACGAAACACAUUAAUCCUAGCGGGAGAGCGAUAGUGGGGCGGCGCAUGUCUCCCUUUCCCGUCGAUCAACCCUGACCCCUGCCAAUCUGGCGCGGGCCAAAAAAGGAGACGCCAAAGGUGCAGUAUCCAACGAAAUCCAUUGAAAGCUUCGUGUCGAGAUUGGAACCCACGCAUCCAAAUGCUCGGAUUGAGGCACACCACGAACGACAACGCCUUCUCUCGCUACGUAUAACUACAACCAGAAGAUAAUCCGGCACAUGUAUCUUCUCGACCCGUUACGGAUCCCCGGUGCAUAGAGGUGGUUAUCUUGCGAAUCUACGAAGCAAUAUACGACGCCGUCCCAGUCCGGCCCUAGACUCGUGGACUCCCCAGGGGCUCAUCACAGAAACCCGGCCGGCGCAGCCAGUUCGAUCCAAUGCUGCCAUCAUAUGCAUCUGGAAAGUCGAAGGUGACACCGAGACACCAUGCCACUGGAUAUUCCAAUGGCUAUCCACCUUCCAACAGGCUGGAGUUCUCGCCACACAGAUACCAACCUCGAACUGCAACGCCCUCAUUAAGACGCCGACGACAGUUUAUAUUUCGUCUGGGCGUAGUCCUUGCGGUCGGAGCUUUCGCAUGCUUUGUGUGGCCAGGCUUUGCAACCGUGGCGACCCUGUUUCCAUUGAGCCUUCUCGGUAACAGCGAGUUAUCCCAGAUCGAGACCGUCCGGUAUUAUGACCUGUCUAAUGUCCAGGGCACCGCACGGGGAUGGGAACGAGAGGAGCGCAUUCUCAUGUGCAUUCCUCUGCGUGAUGCGGAAGCACAUCUUACUAUGUUCUUCUCCCAUUUGCGCAACUUUACCUACCCUCACCACCUGAUCGAUCUCGCCUUCCUCGUCUCGGACUCGAAGGAUAGGACGUUGGAAGUACUGGUUGAGAACUUGGAGAAGAUCCAGGCGGACGAGGACGAAAACCAGUGGUACGGCGAGAUCUCUAUAAUAGAGAAGGACUUUGGCCAAAAGGUGAAUCAGGAUGUGGAGAGUCGCCACGGGUUUGCCGCCCAGGCAAGCAGGCGAAAGCUGAUGGCGCAAGCUCGCAACUGGCUUCUCAGUGCUGCUCUGCGUCCCUAUCAUUCAUGGGUCUACUGGAGAGAUGUGGAUGUGGAAACCGCUCCAUUCACAAUCCUGGAGGAUCUGAUGCGUCACAACAAGGAUGUCAUUGUUCCAAAUGUGUGGCGCCCGCUUCCCGACUGGCUCGGCGGAGAGCAGCCAUACGACUUGAACUCGUGGCAAGAGUCCGAGACUGCCCUGGCUUUGGCGGAUACCUUGGACGAAGACGCCGUCAUCGUAGAGGGCUACGCCGAGUACGCCACUUGGCGGCCUCAUCUGGCCUACCUUCGGGACCCCUAUGGAGAUCCUGACAUGGAGAUGGAGAUUGAUGGUGUCGGGGGCGUCAGUAUCCUUGCCAAGGCCAAGGUGUUUCGCUCUGGUUGCCAUUUCCCAGCCUUCAGUUUCGAAAAGCAUGCCGAGACUGAAGGGUUUGGCAAGAUGGCCAAGAAGAUGGACUACUCAGUUGUUGGGCUGCCGCACUACACUAUUUGGCAUUUGUAUGAGCCCAGUGUCGACGAUAUUAAGCACAUGGAGGAAAUGGAACGGGAGAGGCUUGCACGUGAGGCCGAAGAGAAACAAAAGGCCGACAAAGAGCAAAAGCUUAAGGAUACUUUCGCCGACCCCAACAACCAGUGGGAGAAGGAUAAGGCUGCCAUCCAGGACAUUGCUAAGAGCGAUAAGGCUAAAGGCGCAAAAGCAUUGGAUUCGGAAAACAAUAAAGCUGCGAAGAAGGACGAUGACACCAAGGACACCUCGGUCAACGCAAAGAAAGCCGACAAGAACGACGAUGUGGAUAAGCCAGCAAAAGCUAAGAAAGAAAGCGAGGCAGGCAAAGACGCCAAGGCGGCUAAGAAGCAACAAUAGAUGCACACUUUUGCCCACACCCUCGACUAGACGAGCCGGCAUUCUGCCAGCAAAAAUUUUUAUUUACAUUUUGCCCAUGUUGCUGGAUAUCUUGGUGUCAUCCCUCGUCGUUUCCUUUCCAUCUCCUUCUUUAGAACAUGUCGCUCAGCGGAUAUGCAGCAUUAUACCGCACGCAAGAAGACAGCGCUGUUUGCAACUAUCUGAGUACUAACAUUUAUGAUGUCCAUGGCAAUCUGGGACCAUGGUGGAAGGGAUAGAACAUGAUUGGAGUGGACGCGGUUCUGUACAAUAUAGGGGCUCGCCUCAUGAGGCCGCUGGCUUUUGGCGUUGUCGGGGCGUUUCGUCUGUAAUAUUUCUUAGGUUCAGCGAAUCUCAAGAUGUCAUGUCUUGACUGAUGUUUGGACACGCAGGUCACGUACACAUGUGCCUGGUGCCUGCAUUUAUUGUCCAUUAAUUAUCGGUGCGUCAAUCCUUUCUACAAGUUAAGUUGUGUACUAAGGCUCGGUAGGUAAGGUACCUUGGUAGGUAGGUAGGUAGGUAGGUAGGUUUAUACCCGCACGACACGUAGAAUACGUACCUCUCAACCCCA